GGACAUACGACCUCGGCUCCAGCUCUUUUCUGGACGACAUUGAUCUAGGGCCAUUUGGACGGGCUUAUAUCGGGGUAGGGUUUACCGGUGCCAGGCGAUCUGGUAACCUGUGCAGUAACCCCCAGUCAAAAAGAGUUAUCCUGGUCGCCUUUUCCCUCUUUGCGGCCGUCCUUUUCGUGUCCACCCUGGGCAUGUUGGCGGUGAGCCGAUGGUGGCAACGUAGGGCUCCUACGCAAACCGCGACUUCUGGCUCCCCUGGAAGGAGGCGGCUGGUUGCGGUCAUAGCUUAUACCUGGGGAGUCAUCAGUGUCGUUGUGCCGCUAGUGGAUAUUGCGACGGACAUUCUUGUUCUGGCAGAGGUAUGGGGCGCUUGGCCGAUGUAUGUGGUCCUCGCGUGCGUUCUAGCGCCACUGGCGGUUGCCGGGCUCGCCGUCGCAGAGGCUUGGGUUGUGUGGGGACGACCGAAAGUUGUUCACAGAGUCGGCUUCAAGUGGGUCUGGCUGGCGCCCCCGGCUGGAGAGUCUGCCUUGCACAGUCCAGGUCAGUCCUGGCGCUUAUGGGACGUGGCGUGCACUGUUAUGCUCUGGCCGCUUGCCACUGCCGGCGUUAUUGUUCAAGACUUCUUGGCGGUGUUGGACAAGCUGGGUUUGCGAUUAACCCUGGAUGGGCUCGUCGUCAGCUUUGAGGGCUACCAGGACUUCCGCAUUUUGCUGGAGGUGCUGCUCGAGUCCUUUCCGCAGGCCAUCUUUCAGACGGUGCUCUACCGCCUCGGCAGCUCUCGCGCGACCAAUAUCUACGUCGACGACCGGAUCUUUGCGCAGUCGAUCGGCGCCUCCCUUGUGACCAUCCUUAUGCAGUAUUGGGUUACCUUAUGGGAGUCGCUCCAGGGGAGGAAGUCGAGCUGUCAAACACCCUGGUGGAGAAGCCCGGGAAUUUUGCCGACUGGGGCAGCGGUGAGCGGACGGCGCACACUGUGGCGCAGCCCGUCCACGAGGUGGGCUCGGAGCCUUCCGUCCUUUUCCCCGCCAGCCCUUCAAGUGUCAAACUCUGACCCAUUUGGGGCUCCGUUGCUGGUCCGUUUAUUUCCGUUGAUGGUGCGUUCGAAGGGGCUUCGAAGCUGGGGGAUCCCCUCAAACUAUCAUGGGUUUGUCUUGAAUUUCAAGCAGUGAGUAUUUAUUCAGGCGGACUACUAGGACCCGAUGUAAGUACUCGAGUAUUUUGCCAGUUGAUAAGUUUGUGCGGCAAGCUGGUCCGUCCGGUCAUAGUGUAUCUUGAAGCUGUCGCGUGUGGAUUUUGAUUUCUUGUCUGCAUCAGAGGUCUUGCAAUAACACCCCUUUAAUUCCACCUGAAUGUAAGACAACCCAAGAACGUUCGACUCGGACAGUGGCGGAGCUGGCAGCCAACAUAACUGAGCCAGCCAUUGAGAAGUUACAGUUCAUUCAUCCAAACCGCCACA